UAAUACGUUUUUUAGAACUUCUUUGGCUCUCACAUUGUCGUUAUCACUGAUACGUUCGACAUUUGUAAUGUUGUUCUUCUCGUCAAACAUCAUUCUCUUGUAGUUCACUCGUCGUGUUUAUAAAACGUUUACUAACAAACUGGAAAAAUGGUGAAUGUACCUAAACAAAGACGUACGUACUGCAAGAAAUGCAAGGUACAUAAGGUACACAAGGUAACGCAGUACAAAAAAUCUAAGGAACGUCAAGCUUCCCAGGGUCGUCGUCGUUACGACCGAAAACAGAGUGGUUUCGGUGGUCAGACUAAGCCUAUUUUCAGAAAGAAGGCUAAAACAACCAAGAAAAUUGUAUUAAGGAUGGAGUGUUCUGAAUGCAAAUACCGUAAACAAAUCCCAUUGAAACGUUGCAAGCAUUUUGAAUUGGGAGGUGACAAGAAACGAAAGGGACAAAUGAUCCAGUUUUAAGUUGUAAACAUAUUUUUGUUACUUUUAAGACCAAUAUAUAAGUGCUACUGCAAAAUACUUUUUA